AUAAAUAAAGAUGUGUGCCAUUGUUUCUCAAGAAAGAUACUAACAUUUGUUGCAGCAAAAUCCAUUUCCAAGUCUCCACACACUUGAAUUUACCUCCACCGUACCAUUCAAAUUGACCCUUUAAAUUCCUCUAAGUCACAACUUUCCCAUUUUCUUCUUCUUCUUCUUCCAAUGGUGAACCACUACAACGACACCGGCUCGGUCCUAUCUCAGCGACCCGAUUCGUUUGGCCGGUUCGGCCGGUUCGGAGGCAAGUAUGUCCCUGAAACUCUCAUCCAUGCUCUAACCGAGCUAGAAGCUGCAUUCCAUUCUCUUGCUACCGAUCAAGACUUUCAGAAAGAGCUAGAUGGGGUUCUGAAGGACUAUGUGGGUAGAGAGAGCCCUCUUUACUUUGCUGAGAGGCUGACAGAGCAUUACAAGCGGGAUAAUGGAGAAGGGCCUCACUUGUAUCUAAAGAGGGAGGAUCUCAACCACACUGGUGCUCACAAGAUCAACAACGCGGUUGCUCAGGCCUUGCUUGCCAAGAAGUUGGGGAAGAAGAGGGUUAUUGCUGAAACUGGGGCUGGUCAGCAUGGAGUUGCCACGGCAACUGUGUGCGCUCGGUUUGGAUUGGAUUGUGUUGUUUAUAUGGGAGCUCUAGAUAUGGAAAGACAGGCCCUUAAUGUGUUCAGAAUGCGCCUUCUUGGUGCCGAGGUGAGAGCCGUACACUCAGGAACUGCCACGCUGAAAGACGCUACAUCAGAAGCUAUACGAGAUUGGGUGACUAACGUGGAGACAACACAUUAUAUUUUGGGUUCCGUUUGCGGGCCACAUCCAUAUCCCAUGAUGGUAAGAGAGUUUCAAGCAGUGAUAGGGAAAGAAACAAGAAAACAAGCAUUGGAAAAAUGGGGAGGGAAGCCAGAUAUUCUGGUAGCAUGUGUUGGCGGUGGUUCAAAUGCCAUUGGUCUUUUCCAUGAAUUCAUCGACGACAAAGAUGUUCGGUUGAUUGGAGUGGAAGCUUCUGGAUUAGGCCUUGAAAGUGGCAAGCAUGCCGCCACGUUAACAAAAGGAGAAGUUGGAGUUUUGCAUGGAGCAAUGAGCUAUCUUUUGCAGGAUGACGAUGGGCAAAUAAUCGAGCCUCACUCUAUUAGUGCAGGGUUGGACUAUCCCGGGGUUGGACCAGAGCAUAGUUUCUUGAAAGAUGUAGGGCGGGCUGAAUACUACAGUGUCACUGACGACGAAGCACUCGAAGCUUUUAAGAGAUUAUCUCAGUUGGAAGGCAUAAUUCCAGCUUUGGAAACAUCUCAUGCUCUGGCUUAUUUAGAGAAACUAUGCCCUACUCUUCCAAAUGGAACUAAGGUUGUGGUUAACUGCAGUGGUAGAGGGGAUAAGGAUGUUCAUACUGCUAUCAAGUACUUGAAAAUUUGAAACUAUAUAUGAUUGAGUCUCCACGCGGCAUAGUUGAACAGUUCAGCUUUUGAUAUUGAGAUUGUUCUGAAGUUUCAUGAGUUUGAAGAGGAUCGCUCGUGAAAGAGCUCGUUUAGGAAUAGUUCAGUUUGUGGAAACCAGUAUAUGGCUAGGAAUUUUCUAACUGUUGUUACCAUUACCAGGCAUUGAAGGAUACUGUUAUUGUUAUUUUGUAAGAAUAAAAGGUAAAACAAUUUCUGUUUUGUUAAAGUAUCAGAAAAUGUAGAAAAUUGUAAAUGCAUUUUGGUUCAGUUGGUUAGGAUUUUUAUUCA